GCGGAGGAGCAGAUUGAGGAGUACCGGAUGGCGUUUCGUGUGUUCGAUAAGGACGGAGAUGGAACUGUAUCUGCUACUGAAUUGGGCACUGUAAUGAGGUCCCUUGGGGAGAAUCCAACAGAAGAGGAGCUGGAGGCACUGGUUCUAGAGGUUGACACUGAUGGUAAUGGAACUAUUGAGUUCGACGAAUUUGUAAGGAUGAUGAAGAAGAAAGAUGCAAACAAAGGGAGUCCGGAGGAAAUAUUCGAGGCGUUCCGAGUAUUUGACCGCGAGGACAGGGGUUACAUCACCGUUGAUGAGCUACGUCACAUUAUGACAAAUCUCGGUGACAAGCUCCCAGAUGAAGAGGUUGAUGAAAUGAUACAGCUUGCUGAUAUCGAUGGUGACGGAACUGUUGAAUACGAAGAGAUACGUGAAGCGUUUAACGUAUUCGACAAAAAUGGUGAUGGUAUUGUGUCUCUAAAGGAGUUAGGAACAGUGAUGAGGUCAUUAGGUCAGAACCCAACUGACGCCGAAGUACAGGAAAUGAUCAAUGAAGUGGACGCGGACGGUAGUGGCACCAUCGAGUUCCUCGAGUUCGUGAACAUGAUGAAAAGGAAAAUUGACACUAUUGAUGAUGCGGAGGAGGUCAGGCAGGCCUGGCGUGUAUUUGACCGGGAUGGUCAAGGUUUCAUCCACGUAGAUGAGAUGAAGUACGUUCUGACCAGUCUGGAAGAGGCGGAUGUUUCUAUAGAGGAAGUAGACGAGUUGUUAGAGGUAGCUGACAAGGACGGAGACGGACUUCUGGAGUAUGAUGUUGAUAUCUCUCGAUUGGUUAUAUUACAGAUGGAGCACCUCUCACAGGAACAAAUAGAUGAGUUUAAAGAGGCUUUCAAGCUGUUUGACCGUGACGGGGAUGGAACGGUGGACGUUGAUGAACUGGGCACGGUCAUGAAGUCUCUUGGCCAGGAACCAACAGAGCAGGAAGUCAGAGACAUGAUCAACGAAGUAGAUAAUGACCAAAGUGGCUCAAUCGAGUUCCCGGAGUUCUUACAACUGAUGGCAAAGAAAAUGAACGAUACGGACACUGAACAGGAAAUAAAGGACGCAUUCAAAGUGUUCGAUACGAAUGCCAGAGGUUAUAUCACGGCGACUGAAUUAAAAGACAUUAUGACAACGUUGGGUGAAAAACUGACGGACGAAGAGACGGACGAAAUGAUAAAAUACUCACACGCAGAUAUGGAUGGUCACAUAAAUUACGUCGAAUUCGUGAGGCUGAUGACAGCGCCGUGAUGGUGUGAAUACACUGAUAUACACUGUGGUUUGGAAAUGUGCCUAGGAUAUACAAUAUAGUGAAAUAUUUAUAGAUACAUUAAGAAAUCACGUGUACUCUAAAUUUUGGACUAAAUUUCCUUACAAAACCUUUUGCUAGUGUUUGCACUGAAAGCGUUUGACUUCUAUGCACGUAUUCGUGCCAGUGAUGGCAAAGACUACUGCGGAAAUGUUACAUGAUCAGGAAGGGUAAAGGAUUACGGUGUGUUUAGGAUGGAGCACGGCGGAUAACAAUGGCAUUUGUUUUAUACAUCAUGGAUUAGAGCCGUAUAACUUAACU